UUAAUUUCCCGACGCGGGGCGGGGAAAGCAGCACUUUAACUACAAGAACAUGGGUUACCCGAACAUCAUGGCAUACCGUGUCGGAGACUGCGCACAACGCCCAGGCUAUAUAUGAAUUCACAUUCGUCGCAUCUCUUACAUCCAAACAUCCUCCUCUUCAUCUCUCCAACAAAACCAUGUCCUUCUCGCAGAACGAUAUUCCUGAUCUCACGGGGAAAAUAGCGAUCGUUACUGGUGGAAACAGUGGCAUCGGAAAGCAGACCGUUUCUGUCUUGCUGUCCAAAGGCGCCAAGGUGUAUGUAGCAGCACGUUCACUGGACAAGGCGAAACAAGCCAUCAAGGAAUUGCAAGAGACCCGGCCGGAAACGAAACGAGGGUUGGUCGAGUAUCUCCAACUCGAUCUUUCGGAGGCUAAGAAGGCCAAAGCCGCAGCUCUCCAAUUCAGACAGAGAGAGUCCCGCCUCCACCUUCUGUUUAAUAAUGCCGGCAUCAUGGGCGUUCCCAAAGGCUCUCGGUCUCCUGAUGGGUACGAACUCCAAUGGGCCACAAACGUGCUAGGCCCAUUCAUAUUUACACAUCACCUUAUCCCAGUUCUCCGAAACACAGCCGCCAUUUCUUCCCCGGGUGAUGUCCGUAUCAUCAACACUUCUUCAUCCGGUGCGGGUCAAGCUCCGAAAAAAGGAGAGCCCAUUCCUUUCAGUGACUCUACGGUGGGCGCGGGUGAAAACCCUGCUUCGCCAUCAGCUUGUUAUGGCCAUGGAAAGCUGGGCGGGAUUCUAUGGACGAGGGAACUAGCGAUGCGGUACAAAGACAUUUGGAGCUUCGCUCCGCAUCCAGGGCCCGUCCAGAGUGAUUUGAUUAGGCACAUGGGAAUUCCUGGUCCUAUCGUCUGGGUGCUGAACCGAAUCGUAUUCAAGCCUGUUGAAUAUGGUGCUCUUACUCAGCUAUAUGCUGGUACAAGCCCAACUAUCACCGCGGACAAGAGCGGGAUGUUCCUUGUUCCACUUGCACAAUUCACGGAUAAUCUCCCGCAUCCAAAAGCAAAUGAUGAUGCGCUGCGGAAGAAGGUUUGGGACUGGUGUGAGGAGGCAAUGAACCAACACGGUGCUGGCGAUGAUUAA